UACUUCUCCAUAGCUUCUGUUCAACACAAAACUUCCCAACCCCGUCACAUUCCCUCAAUUGACACUCUUAUACAAAACCGUCACAACACGCGGGAUAGUCCACACAACCCACUCCAAGAGAGCGACCGCAAAGAGAAGAAGAAAAACUCCAGAGAAAAGAUGCCAGACCUAAAAGCAACCUACACGUCCCUACCAACAACCACCUCUCCCCACACCAAAACUUUCACACAUGCGCUCCCGCCUCUCGAUCCCGUCACCGCCUCUUCAUCGCCAGACGAUCGCACAGUUUCCCUCGCCGCGCUGCAAAAUAACCUGAAAAACCUGCAAGCAGAUAUCAAUACCUUCUUGACGGCCAAGAUGGCGGAAGACAAAGCCGCCGCGGAUGCAAAUGCCGUGGGAGCUAGCGCGGCGAAGAGGAAGAGAGGCGGGAAUAAUGCUGACGAUGACGAGCUGGAGAGGAACUACGGGGAAGAUGUUGGAGAUGAGGCUUGA